AUGACCCAUACUUAUGCACUACUGUAUUUUUUUAAGGGCCGAGUGCUGGAAACCCCCGAAGUAGCCCAGGCCAGAGCAGCGCACUUAGCUGCCUUCAACAAAGCGGCGUCCCGAUCCAAUGUCUACGAUGCUCCGUCUGUAAACACGUACGGCAGCAACAGCGCGAGUGCCGAGGGCGACGACGACAGCGAGUACCACCCGUACUCAUCCGACGACGAAGACGACAGUGGUAGUGCCGAAGGGUACUAUGACAACCAACAGUACCAGGGACCAUUCGCGCCACUAGCCGAGGACGGGAGGGUCAUCGAUACACCGGAUGUCGCGAGGGCCAAGGCGGCGCAUUUGGCUGCCGUCGAGAGAGCUAGCCAAGGGCGGUAUCAGCACCAACCGCACUCGGGGGGGUAUUAUCGAGAUUAUUAA